AUGGAAGACGUGCAAGAUCGCUCUAAUGAAAUGCUUUCUCAAACUACUUCCUCUCAAGGCAGCAAUCAACAAGAUCUGCUUACUACUGCAACAGUCUCACAACAUAACAAUCCAGUACAAAGAACUGCUAAUAACAUUCCAAUUCAAAAUAGCGGACAAGUUAUCAAUGCAGGUAUUUUAGUCCAAGCUGGUAACUUAGCACCGCCCCAGCUACCAGUUCAAGGAGUAGAUCAAUCAGAAGCAGACGAUAAGGCAACACGAGAAAUGUUAGCAAGGAGACCAAGCUAUAGAAAAAUUUAUAAUGACAUAUCCGAUUCGAAUAAUGGAUUACCUAAAAUAGACAUGCCAGAUGGUAGUCAUCAUUCGCAACCUCCCGAUGGUAAUGAUCAAGUAACAUCAAUCUCAAUGGCUAAUAACACGACAAUUGUUAGCCAUCAACAAGCAGGGGGACCAACUGACGUUAUGCACCCUGUUGGCGCUCAUCAAAACAUUGCUAUGCAAGUAACUGAUUCAACUCCAGUCAAUAUGCCACCUCAUUCAAUAGCCGCGAUAACAGUUGCUCCUGGUCAGCCUAUAAUGCAAUAUACGCAACAGCCACAGCAGGCGUUCCAAUUACGACCACCACAUCAUGGAUUGCCUCAUAUAUCACACAACUUAAUUAUGAAUAAUCCUAAUUUGGCGAAUCAACAAAUGGCGGAAGAAGCGUCAAGAAAACGUGAAUUACGAUUAAGAAAGAAUAGGGAUGCUGCAAAAGAAUGUCGACGAAAGAAGAAAGAGUACGUGAAGUGUCUUGAGAAUCGAGUAGCAGUUUUAGAAAACCAAAACAAAGCACUAAUUGAAGAAUUGAAAGCUUUGAAAGACUUAUACUGCCAAAAAUCAGACUAA